CGUUUGGGUAUCAUGUGAAUGGUUCCGUUCCCAUGGUUCAGUGUGAGCGGCUUGCCCCACCCCAUCUCUCCAGAUCUCAAUAUUAAAAGGGGGAAAAAAUUAAUAAUAAUAAAGCGAGGGAGAAAUGCAAGAGCGAGAAGGAAACACUAGGCAGGGGAGGGGGAGAGCGCAAGGAAGCCGCUUCUAAGAAGAGAGGGGGUGGCUCCGGAUUUUUUUUUUUUUUGCAAAGGGGGGGUGUUUUUGUUUUGGGAGGGAGAGGCGAGCGCCGAUCUGCCCUCCCUUCCUCUUCUCCCGGUCUGUCUCUCUCUCCCUCCUCCUCCCUUUUACCCCCCCUCCCUUCCUUUGCUCCCCGUGUUUGCCGGAGAAGUCCAACGAAGAUUUGCAAGCCCGCCUGGAAACGGAACGUGAAAAGCAAAAGCAAAAAGCGGCAGCAGCGAAAGGAAGGCGAGGAGGAGGAGGAGGAAGGGGGAAAAAAAAAUUAAGGGGGCCUUGGAUUAGAGCAACCACCAUUAGGGGAGGAAGAAGCAGACAACAAGCCGCCGCAGAAGCCCCAAGCCGAAGGAGAAGGAAAAUCCAGCCCAGCCCAGGCCGGGAAGAGAAGGGGGGACUCGUUUUUCCGGCCCAGGGUUGGCUUUGACCCCUUUUGGGCGCUUCACCCUUUUUGGGAGAGGCGGUGUGCGCGUCGCAAGGGGCGGGUGGUGGGAAAAGGAAAGCAAGGAAGAGACAUUUCUAGUGCCUCCGUGCCCAGGAUUUGGGGAGGUUUCUCUGCUUUUGAGUCGGAAAAGAGGCAUUUUUUUUUAAGAGCGAGAGAAGGAAAUACAGAUCUACCUAAGGGAGACGUCUCUUUAGUUCCCACUACCGUUGGAAGGUGGCGUGAUUAUAAAUAUAUAUAUAUAUAUUUUUCGGCAGGGUUUUUGUCGUGUUGGGGGGGGGAGAGGAAGAAGGGAGACAGGUUUUUUUUUUAAGCCCUGAUCUUGCGGAGAUCCCCCCCCCCCGCUCCCUCUUUUUUUUUUGGUGGCUGCCAACCCUCCCCAUUCCCCCCCCCCCCCCGCUCCCCUGUUUCUCUCUUUUUAAAAGAAGAUCUGCAUUGUGAGCAAAGGGAUCUGGUCGAGGAGAGAAGGAGGUGGAGGCCCGGGGUUGAGCAGGAGCAAAGUCAUCGCUCUUCUCUCUCUCCCCCCCCCUCCCCUUUCCCGUAGCAGGCUCCGGGCUCAGCUCCCUCCAUGUCUUUAGGAAGCGGCAGCUGGGAGUGGAAAAAAUAAUACAUAUAUUUUUUUCCCUAAAGGGGGGGGGAAGGGAAGGCGAGAGCAAUCCCAGAGAGAGGGGGGAUUUUUUUUUUCCUUUUUGCAACGAGCCCCGGUUGCUUCCUGCUUCCUUGCAGUCCCCUCCUCCUCCUCGCCCCCCAAGAUGGGCUGUUUAGGGAACAGCAAGACCGAGGAUCAGCGCAACGAAGAGAAGGCGCAGCGAGAGGCCAACAAGAAAAUCGAGAAGCAGCUGCAGAAGGACAAGCAGGUCUAUAGGGCCACGCACCGGCUCCUAUUGCUGGGUGCUGGGGAAUCUGGUAAAAGCACAAUUGUCAAGCAGAUGCGGAUCUUGCAUGUGAAUGGAUUUAAUGCAGAGGAGAAAAAAAUGAAAAUUCAGGAUAUUAAAAACAAUAUUAAAGAAGCUAUAGAGACAAUAGUGACAGCAAUGGGAAACCUGGCACCACCAGUCGAGCUAGCCAAUCCAGAGAACCAGUUUCGAAUCGACUAUAUAUUAAACCUAGCAAACCAGAUAGAUUUUGACUUCCCACCAGACUUUUAUGAACAUACAAAAACACUUUGGCAAGACGAAGGUGUGAAAGCCUGCUAUGAGAGAUCCAACGAGUAUCAGUUGAUCGACUGUGCACAGUAUUUUCUAGACAAGAUCGACAUAGUCAAGCAAAAUGAAUACACACCAUCUGAUCAGGAUCUUCUUAGAUGCAGAGUUCUGACAUCAGGAAUAUUUGAAACCAAGUUUCAGGUCGACAAAGUAAACUUUCACAUGUUUGAUGUUGGUGGGCAGCGAGACGAACGCCGAAAAUGGAUCCAGUGUUUUAAUGAUGUGACUGCUAUCAUAUUUGUGGUGGCCAGCAGUAGCUACAACAUGGUUAUACGAGAAGACAAUCAGACCAACCGGCUUCAAGAAGCGUUAAACCUUUUCAAGAGCAUCUGGAACAACAGGUGGCUACGGACCAUUUCAGUAAUUCUUUUCCUGAACAAACAGGAUUUGCUAGCAGAGAAAGUUUUGGCAGGGAAAUCUAAAAUUGAAGACUACUUUCCAGAAUUUGCUCGUUACACCACGCCAGAUGAUGUAGCAACACCGGAACCUGGUGAGGAUCCUAGAGUUACAAGGGCCAAGUAUUUUAUUAGAGAUGAAUUUCUUAGAAUCAGCACAGCGAGUGGAGACGGAAGGCACUAUUGCUAUCCUCACUUCACAUGCGCAGUGGAUACAGAAAACAUUCGGAGGGUUUUCAAUGACUGUCGGGACAUUAUUCAACGGAUGCACCUUCGCCAAUAUGAGCUAUUGUGAUGGAGAGCACUUUUUCUCUUGGUUUUUUUUUUUUUUUUUUGGACUCCUUACUCCUUAUUAAAAAGAAAAAAAAAUACCCUUGCCCACCUAGGGCGGAAGAGAACUGUUGCGAUCUCCCUCUGAUUUACAUCCCUCAGACCUUUUCUCCUUGCUGGACAAAAUAGCAGCCCUACUAAAGCUUGCUUCUUUUUUGCCCCUUUGGAACAGUUUGAGACAGCCCUUGCGACGCCUUGGGCCGCUUCCUGUGUGAGCAGGGGAGGGUUUCUCUUAACACUGUCAUUAACAAAUAAAUUAAAUAAAGAAAUAACAAAUACCCUGGAUGGAUGGAGGAGCGUCUUGAACGGAUUUGGGGAUUUAAAGUUAAAUAUUAAAAAAACAAAACAAAAAAGAAUACUACGGGAGGAAGAACUCUAGGUAAUUAGCACUGUUGUGGGUGUAAUCAUAUUAUCCCAUGAUUUUCAACUUUGUAUCCAUUCACUGCAUCAGAAAAAGACGAAGGUGCCAAGUCUCUCAGACCAAGAUGAAAGGACAAGUCGCUCUAGUUCAGUUUUCUGCCUCGGAAUGUGACUUUUGAGCAGAAAAUACUGACAAUUCUACAGCCAGAACCUUGGCACUGCAAAAGCAACUGCUACCUGCCGAAAGUUGUCGAGUGUGGAAGGUCCUCAGAUGGACACUGUGGAAUGAUCGGCGUUUAAUGGCCUGCAAUCGCAGAAAGAGUUUUAACAACACACACACAGUUUUCAGUUUGUCCACUGAUGAUGCUGUCUGCUAUGAGAAAGCAAACAAACAACAAGAAAAGUCAUUAUCGGGACGGUAGUCCUCACGAUCUCCCCCCCUCCCCCAGUCCCCUUCUCUUCAUUCCCCUCCUGCCCCCCCUCCCCUUGCCUCUUUCUUUCCCGAUUUUUAUUUUACUGCUGGAUUAUUAUUCUUGUACAGACUGUAAAAUGUAUUAUUUUGUACAACUUUAUUGAAAAAAAGAAUAACUUGUAGAAGAUCUUUGUGCCUUGAUUAUGGCUGUACCUGUGCAAUGAGCUAAGAUGUAAGUAUGUUUGAUUGCGCUGUACAGCUUUGUCAACCCCUAUCAGCAGCAUUCGCUCAAGGUAGGGAAAAUUUAUCUGUAGUUUAGGGGAUUUUUUUUGUUUUUGUUUCUUUGUUUCAUUUCUGGUUUAUAAAAGGAGGAGGAAAAUACUGUUUAGUUUAAAAAAAAAAAGUACAAAUUGUGCAAACUUAAACCACUUUAAAAAGUGAGGUCUACAACAAGUGACCAGAUGUUGCAGCAUCCUGCUUUUUAAUUUUUAGCUUUAACUCAUUUAAAUCUCUAUCCAAAUGCAAAACAUGGCUUGUUUCUACAUAAACCAAAUUUUGCUACAAAUUAUAAAUGUUAGUCUUUUUGUCAUUCAUAAUUUUGUUGUGGGGUUUUUUUGCAAAAAAAGAAAAAAAGAGAGAGAAAUACAGAAGAGAAAGCAAAUAAAUGCACAGGUGUUGGCACAGGCCUGGUAGCCAGAUGUUUUGGGUCAGAUACCUUCCCCACCCAUCCUUUGCUAUUUCUGUAGGGGCAUAAGACACCUCCCCCAUAAUGACAAAGUGUGCAUCGUCCCUGGAUUUGGCCACUGAAUUUCAGUUUAAAGCGACAUUUUAUUUCUCUUUUAAUAAAGAGAUAUGUUAGACCUUU